AUGUCAAACUCGCACGAGCAGAGCUUGGAUGAAGAUGUGGUGUUUGAGCCGGUGACCGAGGCCUGCCCGCAGUUCCUGCACAGUGAGUCGGAGCGUUGCGCUCUGGAGUGCCUGCUGACCGGCGGGUCUGGCGCCUUCUACAUGCAACUCAACGGCGAGCGGCUUGACCCCUUCCUGUCGCCCGAGGAGGUGAACCAGCUCAGCGGCUGGGCCCAGGACUACCACAGCAGUCAGGUGGUGCUGGAGGAGGAGGCGGACUACCAGGGGGAUGGAGAGGGACAGGAGAUGAACGAUUUCUCCGCAAUCUACUUCCCUGUGCACUCUGACGCCCCUGUUCCGCCUCUGGAGCUGGGCUGGCCAGAGAAAGAGUGUUGGGACUGCAUGGGCCAGGCCAGAGUGUACACCAGCCCACCGGUGGAGGACGCGCCGCCUGUGCGAGAGGUGGUGAGGAAGCUUCUACAAGGGGCGAAACAGGUCGUUGCCAUAGUGACAGACAGACUGUCAGACAGUGCUGUGAUUGGCGAUCUUCAUACAGUCGCUUCGCUAGGCGUCCCUGUCUACAUCAUUCUCAACCAGAGGUCCUUCCAGGAGAACUUCACCCCGCAAAAGCUAAGACAUCCAAACAUAAGAGUACGUAUCCUGGGAGGCAAGAGCUUCUGCUCUCGCGACGGGAAGAUGGUCGUGGGGGAACUGAAGGAUAAUUUUGUUCUGGUCGACCUGGAAAAGGUGAUGGUUGGGAGUUACAGGUAA